CGGGAGCAAGGAGGAGAGACCUGGAGGAAAAAAGGGGCGAGGGGAAGGAUUCCAGGACGAGACCCGGCUCCCUUCCGAGGAAACCAGCGGGGAACUCAAGCAGACCGACCCCCAAAGCGGCCUCCGUGAUGUCUUGGUGGAGUCUUUAAAUUUGCAAGCUUCGCGUCUCCCAAGGCGAUCCUGGGACCACAUCCCGGGACCUUCUUGCCUCUUCCUCGGCACAAAACAACCCGGAGACCAUGGAGUUUCGGAAGGAAGAGUUUAAAAAGUUGGCCGGCAGGACCUUAGGGCAGAUAAACAGAAUCCUCGAGCGAAAGCAGCCAGGUGGGGAGAUCAUUGAGCUGACUGCAGAGGGACGGCCGGUCGAGGUGUCCGAGAAGCACCAGCCAGUAAUUGACUGCACGUGCUUUGGCCUCCCGCGCCGCUACAUCAUUGCCAUCCUUUGCGGCUUGGGCUUUUGCAUCAGCUUUGGCAUCCGCUGCAACCUAGGCGUGGCCAUCGUCAGCAUGGUCAACAAUAAUACCGUUUAUCACGGGAACAAAAUUGCGGUGCAGAAAGCUGAAUUCAACUGGGACCCAGAGACAGUGGGCAUGAUUCACGGGUCCUUCUUCUGGGGUUACAUCGUCACCCAGAUCCCCGGCGGGUUCAUAGCACAGAAAUUUGCAGCUAACAGGGUCUUUGGCUUUGCCAUCGUGGCAACGUCCACUCUGAAUAUGCUCAUUCCGACAGCUGCCCGGCUCCACUAUGGCUGUGUCAUCUUUGUGAGGAUCCUGCAAGGCCUUGUGGAGGGGGUCACAUACCCAGCAUGCCAUGGUAUCUGGAGCAAAUGGGCGCCCCCGCUGGAACGUAGCCGCCUGGCAACGACGGCCUUCUGCGGCUCCUAUGCAGGGGCUGUGGUGGCCAUGCCCCUGGCUGGGAUUCUAGUCCAGUAUUCUGGGUGGAGCUCUGUAUUUUAUGUUUACGGCAGCUUUGGCAUCUUCUGGUACAUAUUCUGGCUGCUGGUUUCCUACGAAAGUCCUGCACAGCACCCAACCAUCUCAGAAGAAGAGAGGAAAUACAUAGAAGAAAGCAUUGGUGAAGGCUGCAGUUUUAUGAAUCCACUUAUGAAAUUCAAAACCCCGUGGCGCAAGUUUUUCACAUCCAUGCCUGUCUAUGCCAUCAUUGUGGCCAAUUUUUGCCGGAGCUGGACCUUCUAUUUGCUCUUAAUCAGCCAGCCAGCCUAUUUUGAAGAAGUUUUUGGAUUUGAAAUCAGUAAGGUUGGUAUGCUUUCGGCCUUACCCCACCUGGUCAUGACAAUCAUCGUACCUAUUGGGGGCCAAAUUGCUGACUUUCUGCGAUCGCGGAGGAUCAUGUCUACCACAAAUGUCCGCAAGAUGAUGAACUGUGGGGGGUUUGGCAUGGAAGCCACGCUGCUCUUGGUGGUUGGUUAUUCCCAUAGCAAAGGUGUGGCUAUUUCAUUCCUUGUCAUGGCUGUCGGCUUCAGUGGCUUUGCUAUUUCAGGAUUUAAUGUCAACCACUUAGACAUCGCUCCCCGAUAUGCCAGCAUCCUCAUGGGGAUCUCCAAUGGUGUGGGGACCCUGUCGGGAAUGGUGUGCCCGCUCAUUGUUGGAGCUAUGACCAAGCACAAGACGCGAGAGGAGUGGCAAUAUGUCUUCCUUAUUGCCUCACUGGUACAUUACGGUGGUGUCAUCUUCUAUGGGAUCUUUGCUUCCGGUGAGAAGCAGCCAUGGGCCGAGCCUGAGGAACUGCAUGAAGAGAAGUGCGGCUUUAUCAAUGAGGAUGAACUGGCCGAUGAGGAGGACGAAGCAGCCCGAAUGGCAACAGGAGCAGUCGUCAGGGGAGGAGGUGGCUACGGUGCCACCAAGAGCACCAGUUUUGCCAACGGGGGCUGGACAGCUGAUUGGGACAAAAAGGAAGAAUAUGUACAAGAGCCUGGCAAAGAUUCAUACUUGUAUGGAACAGCAGGAGAACGGGACUUAUCAUAGAGUUGUCCUCAUUCCUCCUCCCUUGCGGGCCUUGGUUCAAUCCACUGGAGUGAGGGGGAAAGGCCUACAUUCAAAUUGCUUCUCCCCACUUUCUUCACAUGACCUUUCCUCCCCUCCCACCUCAGUUCUGGUGCAUUGGUACAACUGUCUGGACCCACAGAAAACUGCCCUCCCCACCUCAGCCUCCUACUGACUUGAUAUGAUCAAGUGACCCAUACUCCAAACCCUCCUCCUUCCUUUCCCACAAGCUUCAGUGCAUUGCCAUGACAGCAAACAGGCCUCACUCACCAUCUGCUCUUAUCCUUCCAGCUGUAGUGCACUAGUAUGGCCCCUGAAACCAAGGGGUGGACUUAAAUGACUUCCCUAGCCCAGAGAAAUUACUCCCUGCACAACACUACAGUGCUCUAGAGUGACUUGUUGACUACAGAUUAAUUGGGACUUGUUAGGGGGAUGCAGCUCAGCAGUAGAACCCUUGCUUUGUAUGCACAGAAGUCCCAGAUUCCAUUCCUGGCAUCUCAGGUUCAAGGAUCUCAAAUGGCAGAACUAGGAAAAACCCAAGCCAGAGGCCUUGGAGAGCU